CCAAUUCUAAAAAUCAAGUCUUUCACACACAACUCAAGUUCUAAAAUCUAAAGAAAAACAGCCCUUUUUGUUUUCCAAGAGUUUCUAUACUAUUUCACUCAUAAUAUGAAGAUGGGUUCUAUUGGAAGCUCAAAGAGAUCAAGACUAUCUUCAUCAUCAAGUAGAGGACUUGGUGGUGUUCUUAAGGAACAAAGAGCUAGGCUAUACAUCAUAAGAAGGUGUGUGGUCAUGCUUCUAUGUUGGCAUGAGUAAUUGUCUUCGUGUUUGGAAAAUACUAAAAUUUCGAGAUUCGAUCAGAAGCUAUACAUUGGAGCUUCUAUAAUUCACGAUCAGAGAGCUCUAAACUUUGUUAGCCUUAUUCAUAGUUGAUUCAAACACAUGCUAAAUAGCUAGUUAGUUAGUUGAGUUGAGGUCUUUAUAAGAUUUAGAAGUUCAAACUUGGUUCUUUGGCAAUAGAACAAGAUUGGUUCUUUCUUCUUUAGGUUUUUGUUUUUGCCUUCUUCCUUUGAUUCAUGGUGGGGUGUAAAUAGCUAACGGCUUGGAUAUUAUGGGAGAGUGUAACAAUUUUUUUUCAUGGGUUGCUAGCUAUAGCCUUUAUGUACAUUAGAAUAUCAAUGAAUUAUGUUAAUGGUUAACAAUUUCAA